AAUGAUUUUGAUAUUUGAGAUCUCUUGUUCUCACAAUUUAUUUACAAAAAGAAAAAAUCAAAUCCGAAUUAAAAGAAAAAAAUGGAAUCAUGGAGGAUUAUUCUAGUGGCGAUAUCAAUAGCUUUAACAAUGGCGACUACGGUGGUGGGAGGUGGAGAAGAUAAGGCAAAAAAUGAAGAACAGUGUAGGGAAGAGCGUUUGAGUAUGGGCACGUGUCUUCCUUACAUGAAAGGACAAGCAAAAUCUCCGACGCCGGGUUGUUGCUCCGGUCUCAAACAGAUUCUAGAUUCGGAGAAAAAGUGUAUCUGUGUGAUCAUCCAAGACAGGAAUGAUCCUGCUUUGGGUCUCCAGAUCAAUAUCUCUCUCUCUUACACUCUUCCUUCCGUUUGUCACGUCACUGCUGAUGUCGCUAAAUGCCCUGCUUUCCUUCACUUGGACCCAAAAUCUCCAGAAGCCCAAGUGUUCUAUCUAAUAGAUCAAGCUUUACACAAAAUCGGACUAGCUUCUGACCCACCCAGUCCCAGCGUUCCUCCAACCGCAGGAUCUGAUAACAACAACAGUGGUCGGACGACCCAACUCUUUGGUAAACGAUGGCUAGUUGUUGCCCAUUUCUUCGUCAUAUUUUGUAUUUUCAUCCUCGUUUAGAUAAUAACAAUGAAACGUGAAAAGGAUGUCACGUUGGUUUCGUGUAAUUGCGGUGGCUUUGAUUUUGUGCCGUUGCUGUUUUUGGUUUUGACUGAUGAAUGUAGUUUUCACUUUGUGACAACUCUUCUCAACUAUUGUUUUUUUUCUUUCUUUGUAUGGCGCAAAAUGAGACACGAGCUAGCUACAAAUGACAACUCUUCUCUCUAUCUUGUAUGAUUUUAUCAAUUUUAUUUUUGUAAUAUUUUUACUUGAGAAAAAACUCUUGAAUUUUUAUUCAUUGAGUAUGAAUGUAUGAUGGUUUUGUUUGAA